GGGAAGGCGGCCUGGAGAGCCCUUCACGCGCGCGCGCAACGUACACACGGAGGCGGCACUCUUCCCUUUCUUUUUUGGUUUAGCUCCCCGCUAUUGUUUCCAGAAGACAUGGGUCGUGUUUCAGGGGAGCUGCUAUUGCACAGCCGCAUCAGAGCGUCACUACGUCAGCGUUUCCUGAGCGACGGCGUCUUCACAGAUUCCAAUAAGGUGUGAGUCCGCAGAGCGUGAAGCAGGAGCACGCCGCCAUCUUUGCGGCUCUGGCUGAUCCCAAGGUGGGGGGCGGCGCCCAGGCGAGGCCCUGCCCCCUCCCCUUCCCCUGCCCCUUCCUUCCAGGCCCGGCUGGCGAAGCGAGGGAGAUGGGGACGCCGGCUCCCCCCGUCGCUGAGGAUGUGGAAAUGCCUCAAGAAGGUGAACCCUUUGAAAAUGUGGCACCUCACUUUGAAGAAAUGGAUACAUCAGAAACCCAGUGGGGAUGGUUUUAUUUGGCUGAAUGUGGCAAAUGGCAUAUGUUUGAGGUCAGUUCUAAUACCCAGUGUUCACUUAGGAGCGAAGACAUUGAAAGGGAAUUCAGAUUGAAUCCACAAGGCUGCAUUUCAUUUGCAACUUCAAAAUUUAACUACAUACUAGACUUUUCAGAGAUGAAGCAGACUAACCAAACAACUGGAAAACAACGCCCAAUAAAGCGAGCUCCAUUUUCAAUUAGUGCCUUCAGUUAUAUCUGUGAAAAUCAAUCUAUCCCUAUGCCAUCACACUGGGAGAAAGUAAAUUCAGAAGAACCAUAUCAGCUUAUUCCUUUGCAAAGGGGAACAAAUGAAUACAAUGCAGUUGCUAGUUAUUUUGGGAAAACAAUGGAUAUCAAUCAGAUUCGACGAAUUCAAAGGAUUCAGAACAUAGACUUGUGGGAAUUUUAUUGCAGAAAAAAGGCCCAAUUAAAGAAGAAAAGAGGCACUUCCUUUAUAAACGAAAACAUGUUGUUUCAUGGCACAAGCACUGAAUUUGUGGAAGCUAUUUGCAUUCAUAACUUUGACUGGAGAAUCAAUGGCAUGCAUGCUACUGUGUAUGGAAAAGGGACUUAUUUUGCGACGGAUGCUUUAUACUCCAGCCGAUUCUGCAAAGAUGACUUGAAGCAUGGUGCCACAUUACAAAUUAACGGAGUUGAUCUGCAACUUCACAUCUUUACAAAGCAUAAAAUGAUGUUUCUUGCUCGUGUAUUGACUGGAGACUACAUUCUUGGACAGGCUAAAUAUGUGAGACCACCUUCAAAAGAUGGGACCCUUAUUAAUUUAUAUGACAGCUGUGUGGAUAAUGUUUAUAACCCAAAGAUUUUUGUUAUCUUUGAUGCCAACCAGAUCUACCCAGAAUAUUUAAUAGAGUUCAGAUGAGACUUACAGGAAUAAGAAUCACUUAGUCUUAUUAAAAUUAUUUAAAAUUUGAAAAAGUUUUAUAAGUGAAUUUAUUGGUAUAUCACAUGAAAUGUUGCUAUCUUAAGGUUGAGUUCUGUAGGAACUGGAAAUCACUAGACAAGUGUGAGUUUGUUGUAUGAGAUCCUUAAAACCUGUCAAAACCAGGUAUAGUGUUAGAUUGAAGUAUAUAGCAUGGUCAGCCAGCACUUCAACAAGUCUGUGACAUCUAACCUGAAUUAACACAUUGGCAGUUGUGGAUUACAAUGAUAUAAAUAUUUAGUCUCCUUGAUUUGUACCUUGGAUAUUAUUUUUGGAAACACAGAUCAUUCAAAUGUUAAAUAAAUGCUUUUUGUUGUAA